CUGGAUCUCGCUGGGGGUGGUUGCGAGGACGCACAGUGAGCCGGCCUUGUUUUGUCACACGUCGGCCGCAAGAAGACAGGAACUCGGCUGCCGGGAGGAAAUGAGAUUCUAAAUACAAGCAGAUCAUAAGAGGAAGCGGACAUCAUCAUGAGCAUGGACGCAGGAGGACAGCGGCGUUAUGUGUCUACCUUCAGGAUGCACAUCAAGUCUGGGAGUGCACCGAGAGGCUCAGAGAGCGUGACGACAGAUGCGGGCACUCCUCCCUCUCACCAGCGCGGCGACCCCCCGGUUUUCGUGCGCCCUUUGCGUGACUGCCGCGUGGAUGAAGGCCACGAUAUCCCCCUAAGCGGUGUCGUCUCUGGGAGUCGACCCAUCAAAGUCACGUGGUUGCACAACGGUGAGGCAGCUCGUUUUGGAAUUCCCAGCCUGGAUGAAGGCAACGUCAGCUUGGUCGUGCGUGAGUGUCUGCCGGAGGAUGCCGGCACGUAUACCUGCGUGGCGGAAAACGCGUCGGGGAAGACUUCCUGUUGCGCUGCUGUCUUUGUCACAGACUUUGAAACUAUUUGUGGCGUGCAGAGUCGAGCUUCUGCAAAUGAGGCAAGCAUGAAUGACAACUCCAGAGGCUCCACUGGUACUUCCCCUACGAGUUCAGACCCGCAGAGUCCAGUCGCUUCUCCAAGAGAGGUCAUUCCGAAGAAGAAAGCCAACUCAGGGACAGGUCCGAUGUUGCGCUUGGAGAACCCGCCGCAAUUCGUAGAGGUGAAAGCGGGACAUCCGGCGAGGGUCAAGUGUCGAUUCACCGGCAGCCCCCCUGUGGUGUCCUGUUGGAUCCGAAAUAAAGAGCAGCUAGUGGACAGUCCGGAGGUUUGGACCGAGAACUCAGAUGAGAAUAGCACGUUGGUCUUGGCGGAGGCGGCAGCACAGCACACGGGCCGCUACACUGUGGUGGUCAAGGAUCGCAAGAGCUCAGCUCAGCACACGCUCACCAUUUCUGUCAUAGACAGGCCUCAGCCUCCCCCCUCUUGUCCUCUCGUCUCCCUGGUGUCCCCCGGCACCCUCGUUCUGUCCUGGUCGGGGCCUUGCUACGACGGGGGCAGCGCCGUGCUGGGCUACGUGGUUGAGGUCCGACCCGAUGGUCCGCCCGAGGAACAUCACUGGAGCGAACUCACAACCCAGUGCGCCAGCACGUCGUACAGGGUGUGCGGUGGCCUGCAGCCCAGGCAGGAGUACUGCUUCCGGGUUCGGGCCUACAACUCGGUGGGGGUCAGUGAGCCCGGACCAGCAUCGCCCGGGGUCACCAUGGAAUUUGAAGCAGCACACGGAGAAGAGGAAGAAGAGACCCCCGAGGUCUUCGUCUCUAUCGACACGGCGCUCAAAGUCACAGACCACUACGAAGUGCAGGAGAAGCUCGGGAUGGGAAAGUUUGGCCUGGUGUUCAAGCUGAAGCACCGGCUGAGCGGCCGAGUGUGUGCCGGAAAGUUCUACAAAGGCCGACGCACGAAGGAGAGGGAGGCGGCCCGGAAGGAGAUUGAGUUGAUGAGCAAGCUCCACCAUCCUAAACUGGUCCGCUGCCUGGCGGCCUACGACCAUAAACCCGAAAUGGUCAUGGUUAUGGAGUUCCACACUGUGUGCAGCAUAGCAGGCGGGGAACUCUUUGAGCGCAUCGUGGACGACAGCUUCGAGCACACGGAACCGGCAAGCGUGCGCUACAUGCAGCAAAUCCUGCAGGGCGUCUCUUUUAUGCAUCGGCAGCUCAUCAUCCACUUGGACCUCAAACCCGAGAACAUCGUAUGCGUCGACACCAGCGGCACCGCUGUCAAGAUUAUUGAUUUUGGACUGGCAACCCAACUCGACGGCAAAACUGAUGUGAGGGUGAUGCAGGGGACGCCGGAAUUUGUGGCCCCGGAGGUGAUCAACUAUGAGCCCGUGUGUUUGGCCACGGACAUGUGGAGCAUCGGCGUCAUCUGCUACAUACUACUAAGCGGUGAGUCACCUUUCCAGGGAAGCAGCGACGCCGACACGUUAGCCUUGGUGACGGCGGCCCAGUGGGAGUUUGAUGAGGAGAGCUUCGGGGACAUCACGGAGCAGGCCAAACAUUUCAUCAGCUCUUUGUUGGAGAAAGACCCCAAGCGACGCAUGUCCUGCGAAGACGCCCUGGCUCACACGUGGAUGGCGGCGUUUGAUUCGCCAGCUCCCGCCUUCACCAAGAGUCUUCCCAAGGAGAAGAUGAAGCGCUUUCUUGCCAGGCAGAAAUGGAAGAAAGCAGGCAAGGCCAUGCUGGCGCUGAAGAGAAUGGCCUUGCUGAGUAAAGGCGACUGCUCUCCCACCAGUCCCGCAGAAGAGUGCCCCAUGACACCAGAGACGGAAGUCGCCCUGCUCUCGUUGGAGCAAAAGAUGCAGGGACCCCCACGCUUUACCAAGACCCUGCAGGACCAGACGGUGUCCACGGGGGGCAGUGUUCACCUCGACUGUCACCUCAUAGGCUAUCCUGACCCGGAUGUGUUGUGGCUGUGCGGCAAGGAACCCAUGGAGGAGUCGUCAAACGUCCGGAUUGAGUACGAGGAAGAUGGCUGCUGUACGCUGAUUCUCGCCGAAGUGGGCCGACCCGACUCUAACGUUUACACCUGUAAAGCCACCAAUGACCACGGAGAGACCUCCUGCUCUGCAACGCUCAUUGUUCGAGAUUAAGACUGAAUUUGUUUUAUACUUAUAAUUCCUUCCAAAGUGACAUUUUUGGAUCUACAAAACCUAUUGAAGAGGUUACAUCAGCUUCUCUAUGACGUUUUCCAAAAAGAUGUCAAUCAAGAAGCAAAGAAGGUAUAAAAGAAAAGAUUUUUUAAUUUAAAAAAACUAGCAGUGAACAGAUUAAAACUAUUUGUGUACAAACAAGUCAAAAUAAAUAAAUAUAAUUCUAUAUGAAAGUAUA